AGUCUUCUGUUGUUUACACUCUGACAGUUCAGAGGAGUGAGACUUGUUUUGAGUUGAGUGUUAUAUAGACAGUGAGUGACCUAGCUUCUGGUAAACCUCGGACAAUGACCUCCAGCGGCGGGAUCCAGAUCCCGAGCCGUCUCCCGCUGCUGCUGACCCAUGAAGGAGUGCUUCUGCCCGGAUCCACGGUCCGGUUCAGCGUGGACUCUCCGCGGAACAUGCAGCUGGUCAGCCAGCGGCUGCUGAAGGGGACGUCUCUGAAGAGCACCAUCAUAGGACUGAUCCCCAACACCAGAGACCCGGAGAGCGACUCCGACGACCUGCCAGCCUUGCACAAAAUUGGUACAGCGGGGAUAGCAGUGCAGGUGGUGGGCAGCAACUGGCCGAAGCCCCACUACACCCUCCUCAUCACCGGAUUGUGCCGCUUUAGUGUGACAAGUCUGCUUAAGGAGCGACCCUUUGUCCUGGCAGAGGUGGAGCAGUUGGAUAAACUGGAGCAGUACACGACCCCAGCGACAGAGGGUGUCACAGCAGAAGACGGAGAGCUGGGGGAGCUGUCCCAGAAGUUCUACCAGGCUGCUCUACAGUUGUUAGGUAUGUUGGACAUGUCAGUUCCAGUGGUGGCUAAGUUCAGGCGUCUGUUGGACAGCCUGCCCAGGGAAACUCUACCUGAUGUGGUAGCCUCCAUGAUCCACACCUCAAACAAGGAGAAACUACAGGUCCUGGAUGCAGUGGCCUUGGAGGAGCGAUUUAAGAAGGCUCUGCCCAUGUUGACCAGACAGAUAGAGGGACUAAAACUGCUGCAGAAAACCAGGAAAAAAAGUCCUGACAAUGAGAAGAGGGUGUUAUCGGUGCGUAAAGGCGGAGUGUUUCCGGGCAGGCAGUUCAACCUAGAUGAGGAAGAUGAAGAUGAGGACGGCGAUGACACUGCAGCCUUGGAAAGGAAGGUCAAAGGUGCCAAGAUGCCCGAAGCUGCACUCAGAGUUUGCCUGAAAGAGCUCAAGAGAAUGAAGAAGAUGCCUCAGUCCAUGCCCGAGUAUGCCCUGACCAGAAACUACUUGGAUCUGAUGGUAGAGUUGCCAUGGAGCAAAAGCACCAAAGACUGCCUGGACAUCCGAGCCGCUCGCGCCGUAUUGGACAAUGAUCACUAUGCCAUGGACAAGCUGAAGAGACGCGUGCUGGAGUACCUGGCUGUUAGACAGCUGAAGAGCUCCCUGAAGGGGCCCAUUCUCUGCUUUGUGGGGCCCCCAGGAGUCGGUAAGACCAGUGUGGGACGCUCCAUAGCCAGGACGCUGGGCAGAGAGUUUCACCGCAUCUCAUUGGGAGGCGUCUGUGACCAGUCUGACAUCCGAGGACACAGACGCACAUACGUAGGGAGCAUGCCCGGCCGCAUCAUCAACGGUUUGAAGACGGUGGCCGUCAAUAAUCCUGUGUUCCUCCUGGACGAGGUGGACAAGCUGGGGAAGAGCCUGCAAGGAGACCCGGCAGCUGCACUGCUAGAGGUCCUGGACCCGGAGCAGAACCACAGCUUUACGGACCAUUACCUCAACGUGGCCUUUGACCUCUCCCAAGUGCUCUUUAUUGCCACUGCAAACACCACAGCGACCAUUCCCCCUGCCCUGCUGGACAGGAUGGAGGUGCUGCAGGUACCAGGCUACACUCAGGAGGAGAAAGUGGAGAUAGCUCACCGUCACCUGAUCCGAAACCAGCUGGAGCAGCAUGGAUUAACCCCUCAACAGCUGCAUAUACCGCAGGAAACCACCCAGGAUAUAAUCAGCAGUUACACCCGUGAGGCGGGCGUGCGCUCCCUAGAGAGGAAGUUUGGGGCGAUCUGCCGAGCCGUGGCUGUGAAGGUCGCCGAAGGUCACAGAGUCCUCAAGACACAGGCUUCGACCCCUGAGGGCCCAACACAGCAGGAGGAAGACAAAGCAGCGCCUCCAGAGAUGCCCAUAGUGAUCGACCACGUCGCCCUGAAAGACAUCCUGGGACCUCCUCUGUUUGAAAUGGAGGUGUCUGAGAGGCUCACCCUGCCCGGUGUGGCUGUGGGCCUGGCCUGGACCCCCCUUGGUGGGGAGAUCCUGUUUGUGGAAGCCAGUCGAAUGGCGGGAGAAGGCCAGCUCACUCUUACCGGCCAGCUGGGAGACGUUAUGAAAGAAUCAGCACAUCUGGCUAUCAGCUGGCUCAGAGCGAACGCUAAGAUCUACCACCUCACCAACAUGGUGGGGGGUCCAGACCCGCUAGAAGGGACAGACAUCCACCUCCACUUCCCUGCUGGAGCUGUCACCAAGGAUGGCCCCUCUGCAGGCGUCACCAUAGUAACCUGCCUCGCCUCGCUGUUUAGCGGCCGACUGGUCAGAUCAGACGUCGCCAUGACAGGAGAGAUCACGCUAAGAGGGCUGGUGCUGCCGGUGGGCGGGAUCAAGGACAAGGUCCUGGCGGCCCACAGGGCAGGAGUGAAGCGCGUCAUCCUCCCUAAACGCAACGAGAAAGACCUGGAGGAGCUCCCAGCCAACGUCAAAGCCAACCUCGACUUUGUCACCGCCGCAAACCUGGACGAGGUGCUGAACGCCGCCUUUGAUGGAGGCUUUCCAGGGACAGCCAGCACCCACACACAGCCUCAGCUCACCAGCAAACUGUAACACACUGAUGAAAACACAUACACACUGACAGUGACAACGUGAAGUGAAGUGAUCCUGAAUAGUCCUAACAGAGGUGAGUCUGUCAUCAGCGUGGACAUCUUAAGAGUCUAGCGUUAUCGAUCUGUAACCGUUUUAAGGUUCUUUGCUGUUGAGUUAUUCAUGUUCAAAUGAUUAUUUUCCUAUUGAAGAGAUAAUUUUAACAGAGUCAAGCCCUGCAGUUUAAUAAACACGUGUUAUAUUAACAUCACUGCUGUAGCCAAGUCAAGUGGAUGUGAACUGAUUAAUGCCACAACACUGGUGAGCACCCACAGCACUUGUUGAUUUAGCUUGAUUGUUACAGUUUGUGCUGAAAAAUAAAGGCAAAGCAAUCUGCUGA